AUGCUACAACACGUCAUUGCCAUUGCCGGCAUCGUGAUCAGCCUGGCCGCCGCGGAUGAGCCGCUCCUGCAGGCCGCAGACGCUGAAGACUACAACAACGGCAAGUACGGCGAGCGGCCGACGCAGUCGUUCUUGUCUUCAGACCUGCUGGCGCCGCGGGUCCUCGUCAACUCGUGGAACCAGAGCCUCUGCAGCCCAGAGUCACAUCUCUUCGUCACCCUCUCCCUCGCUAAGGGCCACCGCGCGCCUGCCAUCCUCUCUGCCAAAGACCUCAGCCUCGUCUGGACCGAUCCGCAGUGGAUCGGCGGCGAGGACGUGCGGCCUCAGCAGUACAACGGUUCGACGUACCUGACUUUUACCGCCAACCCGCACAACGAGAGCUUCAUCGGCGGCUACGGUGUUCUCCUGGACGAUCACUAUGAUGUCUUUUCUCUGGUCCAGCCCGACGGGCUGGCGGGCGGUGCAGAUGCACACGAAUUCAAAGUCACCGACGAUGGAACCGUGCUCAUGACCCAAAAGCAUCAGAUUGUGACGGAUUGCUCAGCAGCGGGCGGUCCCGCGGAGGGGUGCGAGCUUAUGGAGGGCGGGUUCCAGGAGGUGAACCUGGCGACGGGCAAGCAGAAAUUCACUUGGCUCGCGACAGAGCAUGUUGCCUUUACCGAGCCGUGCCGGCCGUAUGGCGGUGGGACCCAGGGGUUUGGCCGUGGUUGGGACUUUUUCCACAUCAAUGCAGUGUCAAAGACGAAGACCGGCGACUAUAUCGUCAACGCCCGCCACCUGUGUGCUCUCAUGCUGGUCAACGGGACGUCGGGAGAGCCCAUCUGGCAGUUGGGCGGCAAGUCCAACACGUUUCGCGACCUGAGCGGCGGCCGCGCAACCGAGUUCUUUGGCCAGCAUGAUGCGCGCUUCGCCAACGAGGACGAGACGGAGAUCAUCAUGUUCGACAACCAUCUAAUCGGCAAUGAGAAACAGGUUCAGGUACACAGCCCCGGCUGUACAGAAGACUGCAGCAGGGUCCGCAGGAUCCGUCUCAACUAUGAGGAGAUGACUGCCGAGCUGGUAUACGAGUGGUACCACCCCCUCAGUGUGCAGGCGCGCGCCAAGGGAGGAUCUCAGCUCUUGUCUGGAGGCGGUGCCCUAGUUUCGUGGGGCGUGGUACCGAGCAUUACCGAGUUCCUGCAUGACGGCCAGCUAUGCAUGGAUAUCCAGUUCGGCCCUUGGUCGAACAGUGUCUCCGGGAAAGACGGUCUCUAUAGAGCUUACAAAUUCGACUACAAAGCCACGCCGGCAUGGGAUCCAUCCAUCGCUGUCGUGUCCGACAAGAUCUAUGUUUCGUGGAACGGGGCAACCGAGGUUGACACCUGGGUCCUGUUCGGAGGAAUGACGGAAGCCCAGAUGACGGAAAUGGCGAUUUUCCCCAAGCGUGGCUUCGAAACUGAGUACACCAACGACAAUAGCCUACCGCUCUUUGUCAGGGUCGAGGCCAGAGAUGUCCAUGGCAAUACGCUGCGAUCUACCAGGACGGUCAUAACGACACCAAUCAUCCGUUCAUUGCGGAGGCACUGA